UUGGCUGGAGGGGCGGGGGGGAGGAGUGCGCGUGCGCGCGCGGGGCCCGCUCCCUGAUCCCGGCCCGAGUGGCGCGAGUGCGCGCGGCCGGAGCAUGAGCAGCUGCUGAGGGCGAGGGAGGGCCGCGUCCCCUCCCCAGUGGGGGAGCCGGGGGCGAGCGAUGGUGCCGGGCGACCGGGGGAGCGGAAGCCGCGAUGCUGCUGCUGAGCCGCGGCUGUCCUGGCACGGUCGUCGCCGCCGCCGCCGCCUGCUCCUCGCGCUGCUCUCCGUACUGUGGCUGCCGCCUGCGGGCGCUGAAAGCCUGCGGGGUCCGAGCUCGGGUCCCUCCGGGGCACUUUUUCCCGCCGCCGGGCCGGGCCUGAGCGUCUACAUCAGCCAGGAGGAGUUGCGGCGGCUCAUCGGUAUUGAUGCAGAACUCUACUAUGUGAGGAAUGGUCUUAUCAAUCACUAUGCCUUGUCAUUCAGUCUCUUAGUACCCAGUGAGACAAACAGCCUCCAUUUCAGUUGGCAUGCUAAGUCAAAGAUUGAAUAUAAACUGGGGUUUCAGGUUGAUAACCUGCUGGCUAUGGAUAUGCCGCAGACAAAUAUUUCUCUACAAGGAGAAGUUCCUCGUACUUUAUCAGUGUUCCGCGUGGAACUCUCUUGCACUGGCAAGCUGGAUUCUGAAGUUACGGUACUUAUGCAGCUUAACAUGACAGUAAACGCUUCCAAAAACAUCACAGUUUUAAACUUCAAAAGGAGGAAAAUGUGUUACAAAAAGCUAGAACUAGAAGUAAAACUGCCAAUAUCCGACAAAAAUAGCAGCAAACCUAUUUUUGAUCCUGUAAAUGCAGCUCCCACCACUUCUACUCGUGUGUUUUAUAUCAGUGUAGGAGUUUGCUGUGCAGUCAUAUUCCUGGUAGCAAUAAUACUAGCUGUUUUGCAUCUUCACAGUAUGAAGAGAAUAGAGUUGGAAGACAGCGUUAGUGACAGCAGCAGUUCUCAAGGCUUAUCUCAGCCUUCCACUCAAACAACGCAGUACCUGAGGGCUGAUACACCCAACAAUGCAACUCCAAUUACUAGCUCCUCAGGUUAUCCUACUUUACGGAUAGAGAAGAAUGACCUUAAAAGUGUAACCUUGAUGGAGGCAAAAGCUAAAGUAAAGGACAUAGCCAUCUCCAGAGAGAGAAUAACACUAAAAGAUGUUCUUCAAGAAGGCACAUUUGGGAGGAUUUUCCAUGGGACUCUAAUAGAAGAAAAAGACCCUAAUAAAGAGAAACAAGUUUUUGUCAAAACAGUAAAAGAUCAAGGCUCAGAAGUUCAAGUGACUAUGAUGUUGACAGAAAGCUGUAAACUCAGAGGCCUUCAUCACAGAAAUCUGCUUCCUAUCACUCAUGUUUGUAUAGAAGAAGGAGAAAAACCCAUGGUACUGCUACCUUACAUGAAUUGGGGAAACCUCAAGCUGUUUUUGCGGCAGUGCAAACUGGUAGAAGCUAAUAAUCCUCAGGCAAUUUCACAACAAGAUCUUGUACAUAUGGCUAUUCAGAUUGCCUGCGGAAUGAGCUACUUGGCUAGAAGGGAGGUCAUUCACAAAGACCUGGCUGCUAGAAACUGUGUCAUUGAUGAUGCACUUCAGGUGAAGAUUACAGACAAUGCCCUGUCCAGAGAUCUGUUUCCCAUGGAUUACCAUUGCCUCGGAGACAACGAAAACAGACCAGUGCGGUGGAUGGCUCUUGAAAGCUUGGUUAACAAUGAGUUUUCGGGUGCUAGUGACGUGUGGUCCUUUGGAGUGACUCUGUGGGAACUGAUGACAUUAGGACAAACUCCAUAUGUUGAUAUCGAUCCCUUUGAGAUGGCUGCCUAUCUAAAAGAUGGAUACAGAAUAGCUCAGCCGAUCAACUGUCCUGAUGAACUAUUUGCUGUAAUGGCUUGUUGCUGGGCACUUGAUCCAGAAGAGAGACCCAAAUUUCAGCAGCUGGUGCAGUGCCUCACAGAAUUCCACGCAGCAUUGGGAGCUUACGUCUGACACCAACGACACACCAUCUCUGCACUAUGUCCAGAGGGGACAGUGGGUUUACUUAACAGCAAAAUGAAUCAUUGGAUGGAUCUAUUUAUGCACACUGAAACCUCCAUCCCAAACCCAUUAUGUGGAAGUAAGUUCCACAGAUUUCAGUGGAAGGUCCACAUCAUAUGGUUAAGAAUCAGGAUGCCAGGAUGGGAAGCAGCAAUGCUAGAAGAGGAAUUUCUUCCAAAAUCACUGUGCCUUAAAAUAAUCUGGCGUUUUUGUAAGACUAAAUUUUGUUCUACAUAUCACUUGUGUUGAAAGCAGGACAUUUUAAUUCCCACUGGAAUUCCUGAAAUGUAGUAACCACAGACUGAAAUUUGAUGAAAUUUGGCACUCUUAAAGAUGAUGCAAACUUAAUUUCAGAGGUGUUUGAAUUGGCAAGUAUCGGGGGUGCGUGUGUGUAAAACUGAACCAACAAGUUGUUUUUCCCUUACCUCACCCCCAAAGUUUUUUGUUGCCGUUAUCAAAAUAUUUAAAUUGAUUUAACUGGUUUUGGUGUUCAGAUUUGUAGUGUAUCUGGAGUAGCCUUUUUUUUAAAGUAUCAAUUGCCUUUCUUUAGAGACAACAGCACAAUAUGGUUGGAAUCACAAGUGGCCUUUUAUUAUGUUUUCAUCCCAUAUUUCAGUAGCAAAUCUUAAAGAAAAAGCUUGGGCAUGUUAUCCUGCUUUAAGACAACAAUCAUGUAAAACUGGUUCAAGUUUACCUCAUUCACAGCAUUAAUAAUACAGAGCCUCGUAUUGUGAUGUUCCAAGUGGUAGAAAUGCCACAGCAGCCCUUAUAUUAGAAGUCUUUCACUUUGGACUGUAGAAUUCAGUUUUUCUUGUUUAAAAGGUACUGGUUUGUGUUUAGGAUUUUUUAUUGAUAUGAAAAGGAAUAAAAUAUAUAAAUAUAUAUUUGUAAAGACAUAUUUGAAGAGUAAAACAAAUCUGUACAUUAA